AAUCAUUAUUCAGUUUGUUUUAGGACUUCAGGCAGUAACAUAUAAAAGUCUUACAUUUUGUAAACUCUUCAAAUAAAAAGUUUUCCAACUACUUCCAAGGAUAUUUUAUUCUCGGGACUGAACUGGGACACUCUUCUCCGCUAGAUCCUCCACGAAGUCUGAAGUCGGGAAAAAUGUCUACCCCAAAGUUUCUUGGCACACGUCAACUCCUGGGCUCGAUGACCAGGAACUCGUCGUCGAAGAAAUUAUCUGCCGCUUACCGUCUCGUCGAUGCCAAGCGGGUCUCCGCCGCCACCCGGAAUGGCGUCGAGGAGGUGGAAUCGCCUGUAACCCAACCGACGAAAUUUAAGAUAGGAAAGUUUGGACAAGCCCGGAAUAAGAAGGCUUUGAAGUAUGUUAAAGAGCAGUUGGUCUGCGAGUUGGUGAACUUGAAAGACGAAAUGGAGUCGAAGGAACCCUUGACUAAAGAGCUUAUCAAGAAGUAUAAAGAUAUGCUGGAGGAAGUGAAAAAAAGGGAGCAAAAUGCAAAAUGAACUAUAGAUUUUGGCACGAACAAUUUAUAAUUUGGAACUCCUUUAGAUAUUUGUAAAUUUGUAAUGAAAUUUUAAAAAUUCUACAAGUAGCUAAAACUUCGAAAUAUAUAUGGAUUCAUUACGAUA